AUGCCGACUACACCUCCACGGGAGUCGCACAAACUUCCAGUAGAGAUGAAUCUUCGUCUCCAACAAGAAAUCAGUCCUUCUCCUACCCUGUUAGGCAGUUCAUCUCUGCAUGCGAUGGAAAAGGAUCAUCUGCCUCCACAACCCAUCUGCCACAAAACUAUGUGUGUGGUGUGGACAUGUAAUUAUAUUUUUCAAUACAAUACAUCUGGUAGUAACAAACAGCAUGUGACCACAAAGAAUACUGCAAAGCUUGAUCGUGAGACUGAAGAACUGAAACACGAAACCAUUCCAUUGGACGUUGGCAAGUUGAUUCAGCAAGGGCGUCAAGCUAAAGGACUCAGACAGAAGGAUCUUGCUACAAAAAUCAAUGAGAAACCACAGGUGAUUACUGAUGAACGGAUUGCGAGCAAGAGGGUCAGCGUGUCGCGCGUGCCAGAAGGGCUACAUAUUUUAAGUUUAAUUAAGAUUCCCUAUUUCCAAUACGUUUAUAUCUAUAGGGGUUCAGUGAAUACAGUGUCUCGCAACUUAAUCGUGGUAUUAUUGUCUCAGCCGUUACCUUACCCUUGA